CAGAGACAGCAGCAGCUGCAGGGUUCGGACCAGAACCGAACUUCUCAGCCUCAGAUGGUUUCCUCCUGCUGCCUGUCUGCGCCGCAAUGAGCGGAUCUCCUGCUCAGUCCUGAAGUCUGCAGACAAACUGGAGCUGCUGCGGCUUUUCUGUCUGACUUCAGUCUAAAAGGAGGGUUUAUUUUUAUUUUUAUUGUUUCUGCCUGGACUCAGAAAAUGGAUACUAAAGCUGCAAACUCGGAGAAGUCUCACCUGAUAGACGAGAAGAGCGCCAGGAUGUAUUCUCUGAAGAUGCAAAGCUCCUUCACAGACACCAAAGAGCCGUACCCAGACUUCCCCUUACAGAACGGGGGCAUGUCCGGAGCCAUCGAGCUGAAGCACCGAGUCGGAGCGCACUGCCACGGGCCCAAAGCUUUGGUACCGGAGGAGAGCGUCGACAAGCUGCUGGCAAAGAAGAAACUUUUCAUCGCUUCGGGAGUCUGUCUCGUCUUCAUGAUCGGAGAGGUCAUAGGGGGGUACCUGGCCCACAGCCUGGCCAUCAUGACGGACGCAGCCCACCUCCUGACAGACUUUGGGAGUAUGAUGGUGAGCCUGUUCUCUCUGUGGAUCUCAUCCAGACCACCAACCAAAACCAUGAACUUUGGGUGGCACAGAUCAGAGAUCCUUGGAGCGUUCAUAUCCGUCAUGUCCAUCUGGAUAGUUACCGGAGCUCUGGUCUAUUUGGCCAUCGAGAGGAUCGUACGCAACGACUAUGAGAUCGAAGGUCACGUGAUGUUAUUGACCUCUGGGUUUGCUGUCGUCGUAAAUAUAAUCAUGGCCUACAUCCUCCAUCACUCCACCACCCUCCACCCUCACGGCAGCGGUUAUCACCAGAUCGAUGAGGACGGUCAGAGCCCCGUCAGCCACGGCCACUCCCACGCGCUCCUCGGUGGCCACGGCAACACAAGCGUCCGCGCCGCCUUCAUCCAUGUGGUCGGCGACCUGCUGCAGAGUAUCGGCGUGGUGGUGGCGGCGACCGUCAUCUACUUUCGGCCUGAAUAUAAAGUUGCAGAUCCCAUCUGUACGUUCCUGUUUUCUGUCUUUGUCCUUUGCACCACCUUCACCAUCCUCAGAGACGUCUUCAGGAUACUCAUGGAAGGAUCUCCUAAAGAAAUCGAGUUCAACUCGGUGAAGGAGGUGCUGCUGUCUGUGAAAGCUGUGAAGUCCAUGCACUCUCUGCACCUCUGGGCUCUGACUCUGGGACAGUCACUGGUGUCUGUCCAUCUGGCAAUAGAGGAGGGUGCAGACCCUCAGUCGGUGCUGCAGGAGGCCACCGACCUUCUCCACACCAAGUUUGGGUUCCGCAGCACCACCAUCCAGGUCGAGCUUUACUCUGAAGACAUGAGCCACUGCUCCCACUGCCAGGACCCCAGAGACUGAAGCCAGACUGGACUGAACUGGACCCCAGAUGGCUCAGACACGCUCUCACAACGUUCUGUUCGGGUGGGCUGGACCGCUGACAACUGUGCUACGCUCAAAGUGCUGCUUCCUGGUGGUAAAUGCACAUGCUCUAAAAUCAUAAAACGAGACAACAAAUCAUCCAUGUGUUUGGAGGAAAAGGCUGAUGCUGGGAUGCUUUUCAUAGCCUCUCUUUUAUGACAGGGUGGUCUAAAAAUGAGGAACUUUUGACCCGAGUCUGGUGCAAUUUCACAAAAAAUUAAAAAAAAGUAAAACAGGGAAAGAUUACCGGUAUUUUUAUUUGUCCACCCAACUCUAUCACAAAUUUUAUCAACAGUUAAAUCAAGAGUAAUUCUAUAAUCAAUUAAUUAAAGGAAAGCAGAAACGAGAGGCAAAGCUUUGGUAUGUAAGAGCACGACAUGACGUAAGAUUUACUGAGAACACAUGGAUGAGUUUGAGGUCUUUGAUUUUGUACCAAAUUCAGCGU